GACAGCGUACUCUCAGCUAAACUGCAUAUCAGCAAAAUAUAUAUUAUAGACGUCGGACGGCUUGUGAUUGAAUUUAAAACACAAACAAAAUUCAGAGGUCAGUUUGUCCUAGAGCACCACACACUCAAAGGUCAAAGAUCACAUGUGAUGGCUCCAGACCACCUGGGAGGAGUUGACUUUGACUUGCAGCUCCUGUGGAGUUCCCAGUCCUUUGACUCUGCACACCAGCUCUGGAGGGCUACCAGCUCCUAUAGCAGGAAGGAUUACUCUGGGGAAUAUACCAUAUUUCUAAUACCAUGCACCGUGAAGCUUACCCAGUCCUGGACUGACCCUGGAGACAAACCCCUAUCCUGCACUGCACAAGCCCCUGAGAAGUUCCUGGUUCCCAUUGCGUUCCAGCAAACAAAUCGUCCAGUUCCCAUCGCCUACUCCUUAAACACAGAAUUCCAUCUCUGCAACACUGAGAAGGUGUUCAUGAUGGACCCUGCUGCUGCAGACCUGUCCGUGGCUGAGAUGGAUUACAAAGGAACCUUCUCCAUGGGCCAGACGCUAUACGGCCGUGUGCUGUGGAAGCCGGAGCAGAGCUUAAACACGGCCUACAAACUGCAGCUGGAGAAGGUGUACCUCUGUACUGGGAGGAAUGGCUAUGUGCCCUUCUUCGACCCCACAGGAACUCUGUACAAUGAAGGUCCCCAGUAUGGCUGCAUCCAGCCCAACAAGCACCUCAAGCAUAGGUUCUUGCUCUUGGACCGAAAACAGCCAGAAGUGUGUGACAGGUACUUUCAUGAUGUGCCCUUCAAUGCCAAGUUUGCAUCUGAAUCGGCUGAUUUGCAGCCCAUGACAAUGAUGUCUGGAGUGGAUGGAUUCACAAUGAAGGUCGAUGCCCUUUACAAGGUGGAGACAGGGCACCAGUGGUACCUGCAAGUGAUUUAUGUAAUCAGGCCGCAGGCUGCUUCUGGUCCAAGGAUCCAGCGUUCUCUGACGAAACACCUGAAGCAGCUCCCUAGUGACCUGGUGGAUGAGACAAUCCAUCGUUUCACCAUGGAUGAAUCCCUCGUCUACGACAAUGUAGGCGACCACAUCAAGAACGGGACAAACAUGAAAGCAUUGAGACUGGACCGAGAAGUACCCACUUUCUAUCCACAAACUGGGGCCUCGAUCGGUGGUGGGGUCGUGGCCAUAAUACUGGUAGCCCUGGUCCUGCUAACGGUUUGCAUAUUAUUCAAGAAGCACCGGUGGAGCAGUGAGAAGUCAACUAGAUAUGUAUCAGAGGAGUAUCCUCUCAAUACCAAGGUCAACCUGGAGGUCAAGCUUCAUGGCAACCUGGAUGAUGGAACUGAAGUUUGACUACAGAUGGGGGAAUUUUUCUAUUAUUUUUAAAUAACAAGAUGUUUGGGUAUUUUUAUAUGAUUUAAAAAAUGGAAAGGAAAGAUGGAGACUCUGAGGCACAUUCCUACUCUGUCAGAAUCCAAGGUAGCUUAUACACAAGGCUGCAGACUUUAUUUGAAUAUGAAAUAAUAUUAUUUUAAGUGAUAAAACUAACAGGCUUUUUUUUUGCAGAAUCAAAGUGCUGAGUGACUCUAAUGAAUAAAUUGGUGAAAUUCGCAGACAUGAAGCCAGGCCGUCUAGCCAACGUUCAAUUUACAGCUGAAAUAAAAACGACUGAACAAAUAACAUGCAAGUAUAAAUGCAAAAUAACUAAAAAGGAAUCCAUACUUCAGGUACUUUGAAUAAAACUCCAACUUUGUUCAGCAGGAUUUGAUAAUUUACGUUGAGAUAAUGAAGUAAAAAAUCAAAUAAAAUUCCAAUUAUAUCGUGCAUAUAAAAUACUGUCAAGGGAGCUCAUGUUCAGCUAGAAGAAUGGAUUAUUCAUACCGUUAUGCAUAAUGUUAUCCACUCUUCUAAAAGGAUAUUUCUGCAUUUAAAUCACAUUGUAAAAGCCACAGUCCUGCUCUCCAACAGUUGUUAUACCUAGGACAGCUACAUUUUUAAUUCUUGAGAAAUGGAGGAUGAAAAUGAACCCAAUCAUACAAAACCCUUAGAGACAGAGAUAAACUCAACCCAGAGGACUAAUUUUAAUUGUAUUUCAAGAGAGCAAGGUCACUGAUGGAACCUAGCUGUUUGGAUUGGAAUAUGUUUGGAAGAUGAGAAAACAAGCGUGGGUUUUUUUUUAUUAUUAUAUAUUUUUUUUUUAUGAAUUUAGAAGACGCAGUUUCUCUAUUCAAGACAGCAUUUAGAGAAAUGUUGCCAACACAUUGCUCACUAGAUAAUCAAGCAAACCAAAUAGGAUAUAAGUGGCCUCUGCUCUUUGUAAACAUGUCGUGUUCUUGUUAUCUUAAAAGGUGCUCGAGCUUCCAUGCUGUUCUGGUCAUUUGAGCAAAUGAACUACCUCAUACCUACCACCGAUGUUCCCUAGCAAAGCUCUGUCCUUAGUGGUAUUUUGCAUUCAUGGCUGCGUAUUACUGUAUAAUUUAUAUUGAACAUUCACGAUUCGUAUUUUUUUUUUUAUAAUUCUGUGAUCAGACAGUACACGGACAAUCUGUGGACACUUUUCCACUAUAGCUGUCUUAUUUCACUUUGCACACAUUAAUGUAACUUUUAGACAGUGCAUAAAACUGUGUCCAAGUAAAAGCUGAAAGUCUGUGUUCUGCACUGUGUAAUAAAGUUCUGUGUUGACUGUGAGAAUUGCAUUUAUUACAUGCAAAAUAAUGCAAUGGACUGUAACUUAAGUAACAUUUUGCUGUUUUACUCUACAUAUUGUCUCUGCAAAUAUACCGUCUCCACUAAUAGAAAUAUAUCAGCUAAAUCUAUAUCUGAUUGCAAAAGCCACAGCCUCCUAUACUUCUCCCCCUUUCUUGUUUUCUUGCCUUAUGUAUGUAUUAUAUUUUCACUGUGUACUGUAUUGUGUCGUGUACUGGUGUAUCAGCAACAACAAUAUCAUUUGUGGUAGCAGUAUUGUGGUAAUGGAACUGAAACUACAUCAUCUCAGUCUUCAGAAUGUAAUGUCAGAGAAUUAAGUAAAGUUUCCUUCUACAACCAGCACUUUAUUUUUCUUUUUCUCAGCAAUUCAUCUCUGACUAAAGCAGUGAUU